AUGCGCUCGAAACAGAUGCCUUUCGGGCCCUCGAUUUAUUCACCGCUAUCCUUUCAUAUCAUUCGCACCAUCGCCUUCGUGUCAUCCGCUGUCGCCGGUACCAUUCUGAGCGUGUUUAUCUACCACCUCCAUAAAGAUGGCUACAUGCUGCCAUACACCUUCCUGGUGCUCCUGGUCUCAGCCAUCCUCUCCCUCCUCACCAUCUUGCUCACCAGCCUAAUUCAAUGCACCUGCGGCCUCUCGACCCAACUAUCGACCACACUCAACACCCUCCUUCUACUCCUGUGGCUGACAUCAGUAGCUUUGAUGAGCUGGAGCAUGUCUGGUACUAUAUUGACGCAGUGCAAUACUUCCGACUGGGGCAAUGGCACCGGUAUUGCUGUCUGUCGCUCCUACAAGGCGCUGUAUGCAUUUACGGUAACAAGUAUGAUGGCGUGUAUUGCGUCACUGUGGAUUGAUAUCCGCGCGCAGGGGAUACAGCGCCGAUAUCGACGUGGUCAAUAUGGUGUUGUGAUGGGUAGCGAGUUUCGGUUGGGUGAGGAUCCUGUUGGUGGGGAUAUCAAGCUUGCGGAGCGAAACUAUGAGCCUGGGCCUGUACCGGUGUCUAUGCCUGCAGCGGCGACUUUUGAUGAAAUUCCUCCGCCAUCAACGUCCCAGACUGGUCAAAUAUACUCCGCCACGUUGGAACGGGACCACGCGCGUGAGGCGCAGGAAUACUAUGAGGCCGCGUCAGCGCGGAGUCGACACAGUGCGCCGCAGGGGAGGUUUGGUGCGGGCGCGGUUGGGCGUGGGCAUGGAUAUGGUCAUGCAUUUCCAGAAUGA